GUUCAGAAAGCGAUAUCGGCCUUAUUUAUCAGGCCGAUAAAAUGACAUCGGCGGGGUCAAUCUCUACCAUUUGCAAUACCUUGCACACCAGCACAAGGAGACAAUCCCUGACUCUGCAGUCAGAAGACUGCGCACACCAAACCCAAUGACGAAAAAAUGUCAUCCUCAUUAGAAUCGCUCCAAAACACUGAACUGGCCGAGGAAAUCGAAGCCGUCAAUGCCAUCUACGAGCCUGACACUGUCACGGUGAACAGCACCCCGGCAUCGAAUGCAACCUCUAACUCCACCUUAGACCUGGGCAGCUCAGGAUCGUCCACGUCCAUAGCCAGUACAGUGAAGCUGCAGAUCCCGAACCACCCGAAUCUGUCCUUUGUUGUUGGGUUCGAUGCGUCUUACCCUGAAACACCGCCAAAGGUCAUCGGUACGGCAUCGACAGGUGCGCGCGGAGAGGGUAAAAUCGCCGUUGAUGUGGUGGAAGAUAUCGUGAGGAGGACACAUCAGCCUGGUGCUGUUUGUCUGUUUGAUAUUAUCAACGAGGCAGUGGAGGCAUUUGAGGAGUUGAAUAUUGGUGGGAAUGAGAAAGAAAGUGAAGAUGCGACAGAGGAGACAGCCCCGUCGAAUGACCUGAAGCCGGAGGACAUUGCGAAACUAUCUUUACGGGAUAAAUUUGGCUUGGAUAGUCCGCCAGAAUGGAUCAUGUCGGAUGUUGUCAACGAGAAGAAAUCGGUGUUUGUCGGACGUGCGGCGCAUGUCACCAGUCUGGAGCAAGCCCAGGCAUACCUAGAUUAUCUGCUUUCAACGGAUAAGAAAGUUGCAGCGGCGACUCACAAUAUCAGUGCAUGGCGGAUUCGGCAGAAGAAGCCGUCGAGUGGUAAGGACGAGUCGACAGAGAUGAUUAUUCAAGACUGCGACGAUGACGGGGAGACGGCUGCGGGGGGUCGUUUGUUACAUCUGAUGCAGUUGAUGGAUGUUUGGGAUGUUGUGGUGGUGGUCACGCGGUGGUACGGGGGUAUUCACCUGGGACCGGAUCGGUUUCGAAUCAUCAAUGCGGUUGGUCGGGAUGCUUUGAUGAAAGGCGGAUAUUCCAAGGAGGCGACUGGUAAUGACAAGGGAAAGAAGAAGGGGAAGAAAUGAAUCCGAGUCUGCGACCUGGCCGUGGGAGUUUACUUGGGCUGCAAAAGCGGGUGCUUUGCGCCGAUUGGGCUCGAAUAACUACACAGACAUAGUUGAAGCAUUAUCUGACUGGCUACCACUGUGUCCCAGAAUGCAACAGUGGCGUUGUCCAGAAAGGAAGUCAAACACUCCGUGCUGAUCUAGGAUACCUGUUUCAUCAACUGGCCACAAUGGAUCUAUCCAUGAGGCAAAAGUAUGGAGUGGGUGCAAAGGCAUCUGGUCUAUCGCACAGCAAUCCAGAACUGGUGAUAGAUCUUCGAAAAAAUCGAAUACGAUCGAACACCAAGAACCCGAUAAAAAUAGAUAAUACAUCUUACUAGAUAUGAUGGUCGGCCCGCUAUGCUAGAUAAUGUCAGUGUUGCAUGCAAGCACUGCGCAUGGUGAACUUCACCUCAUCUCUACGGAGUUACAAAUCCUUGAGGAAUCUACCCCUCUCUAGAGCAAAGG